GGGCUGUCAGGACGCUUGGCCGAAUCUUGAAUAGCGAAUGCAUGUAAUUGUGAAAAGAUAGAAAUUCUCGUUUAACCACAGGCCCUAUGGAUCCUAACAGGAUUAUACAGGCUUUGAAGGGAACGAUAGACCCUAACCUUAGGAUAGCGGCGGAAAAUGAACUCAAACAGUCUUUCAAGAUUAUCAAUUUCGCCCCUACGCUGCUCCAAAUCAUUGUGUCAGAGCAGGUGGAGUUCCCUGUUAGACAGGCAGCUGCCAUCUACCUGAAGAACAUGAUGGGCCAGUACUGGCAAGAUCGAGAGCCUGCUCCUGGCGAUGUGCACUUUCCCUUCAACAUCCAUGAGAAUGACCGGCAGCAGAUCCGAGACAACGUUGUUGAGGCUAUCAUCCAGUGUCCUGAGUCCAUACGGGCCCAGCUGACUGUUUGUCUGCGGGCUAUUAUCAAGCAUGAUUUCCCUGGGCGUUGGACCGCCAUUGUGGAUAAGAUCGGCAUGUAUCUACAGUCACAGAAUAGUGGCAGCUGGUAUGGCAGUUUGUUGGCUCUAUACCAGCUGGUCAAGACAUAUGAGUUCAAGAAGGCUGAGGAGAGGGACCCACUCCUGGCUGCCAUGCAGAUCUUCCUGCCGCGCCUGCAGCAGCUCAUCUCCCAGCUGCUGCCCGACGCCACCGUGUUCUCUGUGCUCAUCCAGAAACAGAUCCUCAAGAUCUUUCAUGCGCUCAUACAGUACUCCUUGCCCUUACAGCUGAUAAACAACACUGUCAUGACCCAGUGGAUGGAGAUCCUCCGAGCGGUCAUGGAUCGAGAUGUUCCCCCGGAGACCCUGGAGGUUGAUGAGGAUGACCGGCCUCAGCUGGUGUGGUGGAAAUGUAAAAAGUGGGCGCUACAUAUCAUCACAAGGUUGUUUGAGAGGUAUGGAAGUCCAGGCAAUGUUACAAAGGAGUACUUUGAGUUUGCAGACUUUUUCGUGAAGACGUAUGCGGUGGGAAUUCAGCAAGUUUUACUGAAAGUGGUGGACCAGCACAGACAGAAGCUGUAUGUAGCCCCCCGUGUGCUGCAGCAGUCCCUCAACUACCUGAACCAGGGUGUGUCUCAUUCACUCACCUGGAAACAGAUGAAGCCACACAUGCAGACUAUAAACCAGGAGGUGGUCUUUCCACUUAUGUGCUACAAGGAUGAAGAUGAGAAGCUGUGGCAAGAGGACCCUUAUGAGUACAUCCGCAUGAAAUUUAACGUGUACGACGACCACGUGUUCCCAGCAACAGCUGCUCAAAGCCUGCUGUGCAAAGCUGCCCGCAAGCGCAAAGAGGUUCUGCCCCAGAUGAUGGAGUUCUGCCACCAGAUCUUAAUGGACCCUAGUGCUGACCCCCGUAGAAAGGAUGGUGCCCUGCAUGUCAUUGGCUCCCUCGCUGAACUCUUGCUCAAGAAAAGACUGUACAGGGAUCAGAUGGAGCUAAUGUUACAGAACUAUGUGUUUCCACUGCUCAACUCAAACCUCGGCUACCUGCGAGCCAGGUCCUGUUGGGCUCUGCGUUCACUAAAUUCCUGCUGGGUUCUGCAUUCCUUCAGCCCCCUGAAGUUCCAUGAUGAACUGGUCCUGAGGAACGCCGUAGAGCUGGUUAAGCAAGACCUGAUCGCAGAUAAAGAGAUGCCAGUCAAGGUGGAGGCGGCCAUUGCUCUACAGACUCUUGUCAGCAACCAAGAACAAGCAAAGGUCUACAUUCGGCCUUACAUCCGGCCAGUGAUGCGGGAGCUACUUCACGUCAUCAAGGAAACGGAGAACGAUGACCUCACCAACGUCAUCCAGAAGAUGAUCUGCGAGUACAAUGAGGAGGUGGCCGUCAUCGCUGUGGACAUGACACAGAACCUGGCCGAGAUCUUCCGUAAGGUUCUGGAUAGUGAGGAGUAUGAGGAGUGUGAGGAUAAGACAGUCAUGGCCCUGGGCAUCCUCAGCACCAUUGACACCAUCCUUACCGUAAUGGAGGACCACAAAGAGAUUACUCAGCAGUUAGAAGGCAUCUGCUUGCAGGUUAUUGGCUUGGUACUGCAGAAGCCCAUAAUAGAGUUCUAUGAGGAGAUCCUGUCGCUGGCCUUCGGCCUGACCUGUCAGACCAUCUCCCCACAGAUGUGGCAGCUGCUGGGGGUUCUCUUCAAUGUUUUCCAGCAUGACUGCUUUGACUACUUCACAGACCAAUAUACUCCUGCUUUUCACCACUGUGAAGAUAUGAUGCCUCUGUUGCAUAAUUACGUUACCGUGGAUACGGAUACCCUUCUGUCCAAUCCCAAACAUCUGGAAAUUAUCUACACCAUGUGUAAGAAAGUGUUAACAAGUGAUGCAGGGGAGGAUGCUGAGUGCCACGCUGCCAAACUGCUGGAGGUCAUCAUUCUGCAGUGCCGCGGCAGAGGGAUCGAUCAGUGCAUCCCCUUGUUUGUGGAGGCCGUUCUGGAGCGCCUGACACGGGGGGUGAAGUCCAGUGAGUUGAGGACCAUGUGUCUGCAGGUGGCCAUUGCUGCCCUCUACUACAGUCCCGUCCUCCUGCUGCACACACUGGACAACAUCCGCUUCCCUCACAGCCCAGAGCCAAUCACAGCCCAGUUCAUCAACCAGUGGAUGAAUGACACAGAGUUCUUCUUGGGUCUUCAUGACCGUAAGAUGUGCAUCAUCGGACUGAGUGUGCUGAUGGAGCUGCCCAGCCGGCCAGCGGCGGUGGAGUCGGUGGCCGGUCAGAUCAUCCCCUCCGUCCUGUUGCUCUUCCUGGGCCUGAAGCACAUCUAUGCCUCGCGCAUGCUCCACAAACAGGAGGCGCUGACCAGGGCCCAGCGCACAGAGGAGGAUGAGAACGAGGAGAUUCCGAGUGACGAGGACGAGGUGAGCGAGAACCGGAACGCUAUGCAACAGUCCUGCAGCGCUCCGGCCAGCCAGGGAGACGAGGAGGAGGAGGACGACGACGAUGAUGAUGAUGACUACUGGGAUGAAGAGGGGCUGGAGGGCACACCGCUGGAGGAGUAUAGCACGCCCCUGGACUACGACAACGGAGAGGACGAGUACCAGUUCUUCACCGCAGCCCUGCUACGGGUGCAGAGCUCCGAUGCGGGCUGGUACCAGCACCUGACCGAUCCACUCAGCGAUGACCAGAAGAAGCAGCUGCAGGAGAUCUACAGCCUGUCACAGCAGAGGAGGAGCAUGGCCAGCAAGGGACAGUGCUGAAUUGGAGACGGAAAAUGCUGGAAGAGUGCGUGGAGAGGACGCCCGAGGCUGCGGUCUUUUAGCAGAUUUAACCGAAGAACCAGCUUAGUCUAGAUCAGACCUUACGCAUCCCAUCAUGAACUGGUUUCACUCAAUCAUCUAACCAGACCCACCGUGGUCCAGUCUAAAGCACCACCCAGGGCUGGCUCGCCACAUCAGCGAGCAGAACUGGACCACUGAGGUCGCAUGGCUUUGGGCUAGAGGUCACUCUGGGUCAGCCAACCACCAGCUCACUCAUUCACCAGUGCUGUGUUUGUGUGAGUGUGUGCGUAAGUGUGUGUGUGUGUGGCGUGUGCUUUUUUGUGUGUGUUUGUUGUGUGUGUGUGUGUGUGUGUGUGUGUGUGUGUGUGUGUGU